ACAUACGCGCUUGCCUAAACUGUACAAACACGCAAUCCAUCGACUAAUUCUUUUCGAGGAAGCCACGUACAAACAAUGACUUCAACAAUUGUUAUCACUCACCUGCAGCGCGCCAUGCGCGCCGUCUAUGGGGACUUUUCACACUUGUCAACUAUACAGGCGAGUUCUUGGAUACCUCCUGCAGCUGCCGAAGGACAUCGUGGACGGUAUCUCUGGACCGACGCGUUUGGUGUGUUGAACUUCUUAACACUAUACAAGGAAACGCGAGAACAACGAUAUCUUUCACUGGCUGCCAGGCUCAUUGCCACGGUGCACGACAUUCUGGGUCGCACAAGAGACGGAGUGUCGCGCUUACCUGGGGCAACAGAGGCGAAUCCAGUCGGUGGUGGUUUGAGGAUCGGCAAAGAAGAGGACACGGGUCGAGACGGUGAUGGUCAAUAUCAUCAUUAUCUGACUCUCUGGAUGUUCGCUCUGAACCGAAUGUCACUUGCGUCCCAGGAUCAGGUUUACAACCAUCUAGCAAUCGCGCUCGCACAGGCCAUCCACCCAGCUUUCGUUCAUGAUAGAGAAGCAUCGAGACCACGGAUGUACUGGAAGGUAUCCAUGGACCUGUCGAAACCUCUUGUAUCCAGCGAGGGAAAUCUCGAUCCUAUCGAUGGGUACGUCGUGUACACGUUGCUUCAGCGGACGGAUGGGUCGGAUGCACUUCAAGCGGAGAUCGACGACUACAGAAAAAUACUCCACACAAAAUGGAGGUAUUACGUGUCAGACGAUCCCCUUGAUCUGGGUAUGACACUCUGGACAGCUCACUGGUUGCAAGGAGAAGAAGAAUGGGCAGAUGCGCUUGUCACCAAGGCAUUCUCUUGCCUGAGUUCGGUCUGGGAUGAUGGCUACUUCCAAUUAGCAAGCCGUCAUCGUCUUGCCUUUCGCGAGUUCGGGACAUGCCUUGGCAUUCAGUGCCACGAGGACACGACAUGGCAAGAGCGUGCACGCAGUAUUGUGGCAUUCUGGGAAGGACAGGGCCAGGUGCCGGAACCGCCUGCUCAGCAGAGUGGUGGGAAGCUGACACCGAUCACAUGUGUAAUGUAUGCAGCUGCUUUGUGUCCUGGCGCAUUCCGAAAGGGAUAUUUCUGACUUUUCUCAGACCAUUGACAGACAGUUGCUCAUAUUGUACACAACGUGAUGAUGUCAUUACAACUGAACGG